CACAUCCAAUUCUAUUCAUGCACGAAAGAGCGUUCUUCCAUCGUGCCUUUCACUCGCCCCACCAUCUGGAGGGCACCAGCACCAGCAGCUCAGUUCUUAAUUCCCCAUCACGCCACCAACAUGCUGCCUGAGACCACGACCAAGUCGAACAAGGGCGUCCACGUCAGCGUGAACGUUCAGUACAAGCCGCUGCCCACCGCCACGGUGGGCAGCGUCAUGACCGUGUUUGAAAGCCCGUACUGGGCCAACUUUAUGAUUCAGUACAUCAUGCCCUACCUCAAAUCGUACAAGCCCACAAGCCAAAGCAUUCUCGAAAAGCUUGCGACAUGGACAGUGUCGUCGGUGCCAAGAGUAGACGAGAGCUGCGCCAUUUGCAUGAGCAGCAUGAUGCCGGACGACAACAAAGCGAACGUGGUCGCACUGCCGUGCAGCCACACGUUCCACAGCGACUGCAUCCGCCAAUGGCUCACGCGAUGCAACACGUGCCCCUACUGCCGCCACGAAUUCCAAAAGGAACUCACAGGGCGGUUCGUCGUGUCCACGAUCAAAACCGCGCUGGUCGUGGACGACGAGAUCACCCAAGCGAACGUUCGCGACAUCGCCGUCGGCGGCCACACCAUGCAGGCCAUCGUCAACAUGACGUUGUUCCAAGUGCACGACGACGCCAACUACGGAUGCGACCUGUUCGUCGAGUUGCAACAAGCACAGCAGGGCCACAACACCACGUCCCAGACGACCACAACGACCACCACCACCUCCUCCCACCAACCAACCACGACCGACGCCACCAUCAGCGUCGCCACUCCCACCACCCCGUCGCCCCGACAGGCCCGAAAGCGCGGCUCUGUGUCGUCCACCACGGCCGACGCAGCUCGCCUGCUCAAGAGACUGCGAACUACCUCGUCGCAUCCCCCGAACGGCACGGCUGCCCCUGGGGCUUGAACACCGACCGUUCGUAGUUAGUUGUAGUGUUAGAAAACCGUACCGCGUAGCAGUUAGUCGUUCGUGUACACCAUCACGUAUAGUUAGUUAGUACUAGUACUGUAUCAGUCGAGCAAUGGAAGCACUUCAGUACGCACUCAACAUCGGUAACUAGUUUCUUGUCUUGCUUGCCAUACAGCCAGCCUGGACCAUGCCUGCCAAUUACACGUACCAGGUAUGCUCGUCCGCCGUCACUCGACAAGGCUGCAUCAGGAUGAGAUUUUCUGUGGCCAUCAUGAGGUGAAUAAGGGUAACUUGAUUUAUUUCGGAAAUACUAUGUGACAAAU